CCCCGAUCAGCGAUGUUGUGCCAAUCAUCACGUAAUCCUCGAUGCCCAAGUCGAGCAUCGAAUUGGCACUUCGCGAAAUUGUCAAUAGGGAGAGGCGAAGCCCCCAAAGUGGGGGCUGGUCCACCGCGGGAAAAUGCGUAUCGCACUGCAGUUGUUGCCGCGUGUUUCACGACAGCGCAAGCACAGCUCCAUGUGGAAAUCGUGGGACAACAUAAAUGUG